AUGUCUAUCCAAACACCCCUCUGCUCCCUCCUCAAAAUCCAACACCCAAUCCUGCUCGCAGGAAUGGCGCGCGCAUCCAGCGCUCCCCUCGCCGCCGCCGUCUCGAACGCCGGCGGCCUCGGCACAGUGGGCGGACUGGGUUACACCCCAGAGCAACUGGCCGAGAUGCUCACGGAAUUGAAAUCUCUCCUAAGGGACCCCUCACUACCCUUCGGUGUGGAUCUCGCCCUCCCACAAGUCGGCGGCUCAGCACGCGCUACAAACCAUGAUUACACACACGGACACCUGGACGAAUUAAUCGAGGUGACCAUCUCGCACGGCGCGAAAUUGUUUGUCUCGGCCGUCGGUGUACCCCCCGCACACGUCAUCAAGCGUCUUCACGAUGCGGGAAUUUUGGUUAUGAAUAUGGUCGGAGCACCUAAGCAUGCGGAGAAGGCUUUCCGGGCUGGCGUCGAUAUUGUUUGUGCGCAGGGUGGUGAGGGUGGUGGUCAUACUGGUGAUGUUCCUUUCUCCGUGCUCGUUCCGGCUGUUGUGGAUGUCGCGCGCAAAUAUAAGAGUCCGUUGACUGGUCAGCCUGCGCUUGUGGUUGCGGCGGGCGGAGUUAAUGAUGGCCGGAGUCUGGCUGCGUCUUUGGCUUUGGGUGCUGCGGGUGUGUGGGUUGGUACGCGGUUUGUCGCGUCUGAGGAGAGUGGUGCUAGUCGUUUACAUAAGGAGGCUGUUGUUGGGGCUCAGUAUGGUGAGACUCAGCGGACGCUUGUUGUGUCUGGUCGCCCGCUGCGCAUGUUGCCCAAUGACUACGUUAAGGAGUGGGAGAGUCGACCGGCUGAUAUUCUUGCAAUGACUGGGAAGGGUGUUGUGCCUAUGAUGAAUGAUUUGGAGAAUGAUAAAGACAUCGAUAUGCCUUUCUUAAUGGGUGAUGUGUCUGCCAUCGUGAAGGAGAUCAAGCCAGCCGGGGAUAUUGUCAAGGAGAUGGUUCAGCAGGCCGUGGCGGUGGUGAAGCAGAAUAAUUCCUACCUCGUUGGCAGUGGCCCGGGGAGCAAACUAUAG